GUGCUCCCACCUCUCCUUCUUGUCUGGGGCUCUCUUCUGUCUCACAGUGGAUGGCUAAGGUCCUCUCUGUGUCCAGCUCUUCACCUGGCCUCCAUGAGUCUGACUGAGGACAAGACACUCUUCCCUGGAAGAUGGGAAAUGCUUCAGAAAUCUCCUCUCUGUUUGCCUCCAGCAUCUCCAGAGAGCAUGACAUCCUCAUGGGUUUCCUCUACAGCGCCUUCUGUCUCCUGUCCCUUGUGGGCAACUGCACUCUGUUACUCGUUGCCUAUCACAAGCGGUCAACCCUGAAACCGGCAGAGUUCUUCAUCAUCAAUCUCUCUAUCAGUGACCUUGGGAUGACUCUCUCUUUAUUCCCGUUGGCGAUACCGUCAGCUUUCUCUCACAGGUGGUUGUUUGGAGAAGUGACAUGCCAACUCUAUGCCAUGUGUGGGGUGUUGUUUGGGCUCAGCAGCCUGACAAACCUGACAGCCCUCUCUCUUGUGUGCUGCCUUAAAGUUUGCUUCCCAAAUCAUGGAAACAAGUUUUCUUUUUCACAUGCUCGCCUCCUGGUGGCGGGAGUGUGGUGCUACGCGUCUGUGUUCGCCGUGGGGCCUUUGGCCGAAUGGGGGCGCUACAGUGCUGAACCUUAUGGCACGGCCUGCUGCAUUGACUGGCACGCACCCAACUACGAACUCUCGGCUUUGUCCUACAUUCUCUGCCUUUUCAUCUUUUGCUACGCCUUGCCGUGCACCGUCAUCUUCCUGUCCUACACCUUCAUUCUGCUGACUGUUCGGGGGUCACGUCAGGCCGUCCAGCAGCAUGUGUCCCCGCAGACCAAGACCACCAAUGCUCACGCCCUCAUUGUGAAGCUCUCAGUAGCCGUGUGCAUAGGCUUCCUGGGCGCCUGGACCCCUUAUGCUGUCGUUGCCAUGUGGGCUGCGUUUGGAGAUGCCACGCAGGUCCCUCCUACCGCCUUUGCCCUUGCUGCCAUCUUUGCCAAGUCUUCAACUAUCUACAACCCCAUGGUCUACCUGCUGUGCAAGCCCAACUUCCGCGAGUGCUUGUGCAGAGACACGUCUUUGCUGCGACAGAUGAUCUACAGGGGGAGCCCGCAGCCGCAGGAGCGUUUUGGGGCCAACUCACAGCGAAACAAGGACAUAACUGCCUCCACGAGAUUUUCAAACGGACAGCAGGAGAGCUACGGGGCGUGUCUGAACUGUACCGAGAACACAGCGCUGUGCCAACUGGCAUCGCCCCAGAACACUGCCUGCAUCCUAACCGGAUCCACGUACACGGAGGUGACGGUUCAACAGCUUGUCGAUAAACCACAACCUGAUUUCCUCUGAAGCUACAGACUGAGAUGGGACCUAAAACUCCAAAAGACGGAGGCUACCAGACUCUUCAGCAAAACUCAUGACAUGACAAAACUCCGGCUGUGAAUCCUUCACCAGAGACUCGGCUAACUCCUGUCAGGCUCCAGACGUUUAUACUUCUCUUGAUGUCGAAUUUUCUGUAAGCUUGUGUCCCAUUUUAUUUUAAUCCAAGCAGUUAAGUGGAUUUUGAAGGAGCCGAAAUUGAAACAGGAGGCUUCCAGCUGAGUCAUGCUUCAUUAGCAAGUUGUGCUUUUAUGUAAGCAGCCCAGGGAUACAUUCUCAUACAUUAAAAAAAAUAUAAUCAGAGCAUAACAGAUGGAGUGUAUAAACAAUGCUUUUGAGGGACAUGUGAUUGUUGGGUGUAUAUAAAGUGUUGAAUAAGAGAAAAUAUUCACCCACCCCCAUCUAUCUCUCUUCCCCUCCAGGUCUGUAUGAAUGUUGUGUCCUUGUCACCAUUGGGGUUCAAUGUAAAAGAGACAUAAAAUUAAAGUGGCAGCUGCUGCUUUCUGAUAUGGAUGAA